UGGUAUAAGUCCUUUAAAAACGUCUUUAAGAUAUCUUGGAGACGUAUAUCCAAAAGAUAUAAGACGUAUUUAAGACCAGUUUAAAUGAUGUUGAAAAUCGGGGCACACGUCUCAAAAGAUGUCUCAAAAGACAUCAAAAAGAUGUCUGUCUGGCAAUAUUGUGAGAUUAACACAUCUAAAAGAUGUUUUUAAGACGAUAUAAUGUUGUCUGGGAAGUAUAGGAUACGUGUGAAAAAGAAAUUAACGUCAUAUUGAUAGAAAUAUGGUUAUUUUAUAGUUACACCACCAACUGAAUAUUUUAAAUACAUUUUUCUUGUACAAACACAAGUUGUUACAUAUUUAUUUCUCAAGCUUGGAUCACCAAUCGUAAAGUUUAAAAACAUUUUGUAAAGCGCAAUUCGCUACAUGUGUGUGGCAAGGCACGCUGUGCGUAACGUCCAACUAAUUUAGAGAUUGUAUGUCUUCGUAGUGCGCGUCGAUAGUUCGAUAUAAACAUCUUCUCUUGCAUCGUCCAGGAGUAACUUCCGCAACCAUUCUCGUUUUUCAAAAUUUUUUUAAAGAACGACAUGUGGAAGAUGUUCACGCUCAAUGGAAGUUACAAGUGGAUGAAUUUAUUACCGCGACUCGUCACAGCGCGCCCAAGCACCGCACCAUCAGUAUGCAACCUUUCGAAGUUAUCCCUGCGAUCGCCGACAGGCUCCUAAAAACAGUGUACAACCGCGUAAAAAUUGUAGGUCCGGCAAACUUCGAAAUAGGCGAUCAGGUACGCGUCAGCAACUACAAAACGAUUUUCGAGAAGGUGUAUACACCAAAUUGGACCGUUGAGGUAUUUAAGGUCGUUAAAAUACAACGCACCAAUACCAUAACCUAUCUACUGGAGGAUUAUCCCAUCGCUUGGGCGUUCUACGAGCACGAGUUACAUCGUGCGACUUAUCCCGAUGUGUAUCUCGUGGAAAAAUACUGCCUAGGAGGGGUGACAAGGUUGACGCGAAAUAGUUGGGAUUCAAUGGAUCAAAUCAACUCUUGGAUGCAAAAGGACACCGUGGUUUAAUCAUAUAGACCAUUUAAACAAUUUUUUAAUCCAAAAUAUGUAACAUACAACUGUAUAAAAUAUAAAGUUUAUAUUCAAAUUUUAACUACAAAAAGUUAAAUUCAAUACUCUGAU